AUGGUGAAGAAGGCCGUUAUGUCCCGGCAAGUGGCCGACAACGUCGGCAUCGCGCAGGCCGAGGCCCCUCGAUUCGAAAAGGUGUACUGGCUGAGAGAGCCUCAUCUUCGCAAGCUAUACUUCUCGACCAUCUUCCUCAUGGUCGCUUCAGCCACCACCGGCUACGAUGGUAUGCUCGUAAACACUUCUCAGCAGAUGUCGCGAUGGAAGGACUACUUUGGCGAUGGCGUCUCCGACAACAACAAGCUCGGUAUCCUCAUCAACAUGUUCAACAUUGGUUCCAUUGUUUCGUAUUUCAUCACACCUUACGUGGCAGACAACUUUGGACGUAAGAUUGCCAUUGUCAGCGGUUGUUGCUUCAUGAUCGUCGGCGGUGCCGUCACGGCCUUCUGCAACGGCUGGGGAACCAGAGCAAGGGCUGAUAUGAACCAACAGAUUUACAACUGUCUCUGGAACUUGGGGGCCCUGAUCGUCGCCUCCAUCGGCUGGGGAACAUCAUAUGUGAACAACGACUGGUGCUGGCGAUCCAUCACCUUCAUCCAGAUUGUUCCCUCCGUCAUCCAGCUCAUCGGCAUCUGGUGGGUUCCCGAGUCGCCGCGUUACCUCAUCAACAAGGACCGCUCUGAGGAAGCUCUGGCCGUCUUGGCCAAGCACCAUGCCGGCGGCGACUUGAACAACGCCACUGUUCAGUUCGAAUUCCGCGAGAUGAAGGAAACCAUUUUGAUGGAGAGGAACGCCGACAAGACAACCAGCUACGUCGACUUCCUCAAGACCAAGGGAAACCGCUGGCGUCUGGCGAUUAUCAUUUCCCUCGGUAUCAUCUCCCAGUACUCUGGAAACGCCCUCUUCUCCAACUACAUGGACGCCAUCUACGAGGGUGCCGGUAUCACCGAGCAGAACCAGAAGCUUGCCAUCUCGACCGGAAAGUCCAUUCUCGAUCUCUCAUGCUCCAUCGGUGCCGCCUUGACCGUCGACUACUUUGGACGUCGCCCGCUUUUCCUGACUGCCAUCAGCGGUAUGGUCGCAUCGUUCGUCUGCUGGACCAUCACCGGUGCCGUUUUCGAGAACUCCGGCAACACGAACCAGGGCUCUGGCUACGCCCAGCUCGUCUUCAUCUGGAUCUUUGGUAUCUUCUACGACAUUGGUUUCUCCGGCCUGCUCAUUGCCUACGGUCUUGAGGUCUUGCCUUUCCACCUCCGUGCCAAGGGCAUGAUGAUCAUGAACAUUACCGUCCAGGCCAUCCUCGCCAUUGGAAACCAAACCAACAAGGUCGCAUGGGACAAGCUCCCCAACCACUGGAACUUUAUGCUGUUCUACACCCUCUGGGACUUCUGCGAGCUCAUCUUUGUCUACUUCUUCUACGUCGAGACCAAGGGUCCCACCCUCGAGGAGAUUGCCAAGAUCUUUGACGGUGACGACGCUGUCGCACACGUCGACCUCACCCAGGUCGAGAAGGAGAUUGAUGCCAACAUCCACGAGGAAGAUAUCAAUACCCGCGCCGCGCACAGCGAGAAGACGGCUGCCUAG